GCUGCUAAGAAUAAUACGAAAUUGUAGAUAGAAUUAGAGUUCCAUUUUAUUGUCUCAUUUAAAGUUAAAAUGUAUAUUCGAAUACUUAAAAAAUGAUUGAGUUAUCGUUUAAGUCGCAUUGUGUAGCAGCUUUUCUACUGAGAGUAACUUUAGUUUAUUAUUCGAACUUCCACGACAAAACCUUCAAUGUUCCGUACACAGACGUGGAUUAUAAAGUGUUUACCGAUGCUGCGAGGCACAUGGUAAAAGGUUCAUCGCCAUUCGAUCGAGACACGUACCGUUAUUCUCCAUUGUUGGCUCUACUAUUGACACCGAAUAUUUUUCUGAAUGAGAAUUGCGGCAAAAUCUUAUUCUCUUUAAUUGAUAUUUUGGUAGCAGUUUUGAUAAAAAAGAUAUUAACGUUGCAAAAAUGUAAUGAAAAGUUACAACGUAUAAGCCUGUUCACCUGGCUGUAUAAUCCAGUUACAAUCGUAAUUUCAACCAGAGGGAACGCGGAUUCUUUGGCGGUUCUUCUAGUUAUGCAGACUUUGUACUUAUUUCUUCAAGACAGAUUCGUGCUGACAGGCUUAAUGCAUGCUUUGUCAAUUCAUUUCAGAUUAUAUCCCAUAGUAUUCAGUUUACCCAUGUACUUUACACUUCGCGAUUCAAAUUAUUUCGUACCAAACAAAAGUCAAUUAAAAUUGGUAUUCAGUUGCGUAUCGUUCGUUGUUUUCCUAACUGGUAUAAAUUAUUAUCUGUAUGGUUAUAAGUAUCUUUACGAAAGUUUGAUUUAUCAUAUUGUACGUAGAGACGCGAAACACAAUUUUUCCGUUUACUUUUACAUGUUAUAUUUAUCAGCCAACAAUCCGCCAAUGUUACAAAAAAUUUUUACGUUCUUACCGCAGUUGAUAUUGCUGCUGUUACUGUCGUAUAAAUAUUCAAGCAAAUCUCUGUUACCAUUUGCUAUGCUUACGCAAGCGAUGGUAAUGGUGACGUACAAUCCGGUGUUAACAUCGCAAUAUUUUUUCUGGUACAUGUCUCUUAUACCGCUGUGUCUUCCGCGUUUCGAACUGAGCAUUCGUAGAUCAUUAUGCUUAUGUUUCUUCUGGAUCUUCAGCCAGGCACUUUGGUUGCUGGCUGCUUACCUAUUGGAAUUUCAAGGGCUGAACACAUUUACGUAUAUUUGGAGUGCUGGUUUAUUCUUCUUCGUCGUGAAUGUUAAAAUUCUGAACGAUUUUCUCACGUAUGUUAAGUAGGAUAAUAUGAUUUAUUUCAACCACACGUAUUUUAAGUAAAAAUGGAAGAUCACAUAUUAUAAUCUGGGUUGAUCUUUGUGUACGACACUUUAUGUAAUUGUAAGAAUGUGAUUGGUUGAAUAAAGAUAUUCAAAAUUAAA